AUGACCUUCUCGGAGAUUUUGGAUCGUGUUGGAAGCAUGGGUCCCUCCCAGUACCUGCUUGUGACCUUGCUGGCCCUCCCAGUCCUCGGAAUAGCCAACCACAACUUGCUACAGAUCUUCACAGCCACCACCCCUGUCCACUACUGUCGCCCACCUCCCAACGCCUCCAUGGGACCCUGGGUGCUCCCUUUGGGUCUGAAUGGGAAGCCUGAGAAGUGUCUCCGUUUUGUGCACCUGCCCAAUGGCAGUCUUCCCAAUGACACCCAGGGGGCCACUGAGCCAUGCCUGAAUGGCUGGGUCUACAACAGCACCAGAGACACCAUUGUAACAGAGUGGGACUUGGUGUGCAGCUCCAACAAACUGAAGGAGAUGGCCCAGUCGAUCUUCAUGGCAGGCAUACUGAUUGGCGGGCCCGUGUUUGGAGAACUGUCAGACAGGUUUGGCCGCAAGCCCAUCCUGACCUGGAGCUACCUAAUGCUGGCAGUCAGUGGCUCAGGUGCUGCCUUCAGCCCCAGCCUCCCCAUCUAUAUAAUCUUCCGAUUCCUGUGUGGCUGCAGCAUCUCGGGCAUUUCUCUGAGCACCGUUAUCUUGAAUGUGGAAUGGGUACCCACCUCAGUGCGGGCCAUCUCAUCAACAUCAAUUGGGUACUGCUACACCAUUGGCCAGUUCAUUCUGUCCGGCCUGGCCUAUGUCAUUCCUCAGUGGCGCUGGCUACAGUUAGCUGUAUCUGUUCCCUUCUUCAUCUUCUCCCUGUUAUCCUGGUGGGUACCAGAGUCCAUUCGCUGGCUGGUUCUAUCUGGAAAGUUCUCAAAGGCCCUGAAGACACUCCAACGGGUGGCUACCUUCAAUGGCAAGAAGGAGGAGGGGAGAAAGCUCACCAUAGAGGAGCUGAAGUUCAGCCUGCAGAAGGACAUCGCCUCAACCAAGGUCAAAUAUGGCUUAUCUGACUUGUUCCGGGUAUCCAUCCUGCGCCGUAUGACCUUCUGUCUCUCCCUGGCCUGGUUUUCUACUGGUUUUGCCUACUAUAGUUUGGCUAUGGGGGUAGAAGAAUUUGGAGUCAACAUCUACAUACUCCAGCUCAUCUUUGGUGCGGUUGACAUCCCAGCCAAGUUCAUCACAAUCCUCUCCAUAAGUUAUCUGGGCCGGCGCAUCACCCAGGGCUUCCUCCUGCUCCUGGCUGGAGGGGCCAUCUUGGCCCUCAUCUUUGUGUCUCCAGAAAUGACGCUCAUGAGGACAGCACUGGCUGUAUUUGGGAAAGGAUGCCUAUCUGGCUCCUUCAGCUGCCUCUUCCUCUACACAAGUGAACUCUACCCCACAGUCCUCAGGCAAACAGGUAUGGGUAUUAGUAACGUGUGGGCUCGAGUGGGAAGUAUGAUAGCCCCACUGGUGAAAAUCACGGGUGAGGUCCAGCCCUACAUCCCUAAUGUCAUCUUUGGGACUACGGCCCUCCUGGGAGGCAGCGCUGCCUUCUUCCUGCUUGAGACCCUCAACCGGCCCUUGCCAGAGACUAUUGAGGACAUACAAAACUGGCACAAGCAUGCCAAGAAGACAAAGCAGGAAUCCGAAGCAGAAAAGGCAUCCCAGACCAUUCCUCUGAAGACUGGCGGAUCAGACCCCAGCUGA